UAAUUGUCACCUGCCGUAAAAUAUAAAAAGCGAAGAUGAAAUUUCCAACAACAAAUCAUUUUGCAACAUGUAGCCGCUUGUAAUUUUACGUUUAUUGAUUCAUUUGAGCUCUUCUCUUAUUUUGGGAGAAUCCUUUUGUGCUUCCCACAGGACAGUAAACGUGUCACUGCUCAUAAUAAUCUACUGAAGCUAGUUUUUCAAAUAAAUUAGCUCAUUACAUUUUCAACACCGAUGUGAGAAGAUGGACGUCUUCACUGUCACUUCGAAAGGUGACCCUUUACCGCUGGCGUCUCUGCGCCUCCUGGUCCCACCUCUCCAGCUUAUGUCCGCCUCCAUGAUGCAGGUCAUGAAGAAAAAAGAUGUGAUGAGCUACUGGACCGUGGCAGAGUUUGUCUCUUUGGUGACGGAGAUGGUUCCCGAGUUGCUAAUGUACAAACACCGCACGCAACUUCUCCUGGGAUUAAGAGCCAGGUAUAUUGUAGAGUUGUGCAAAAGUGAUCAGCUUGAGGAACCUGACUUCAUACUGUCUUGUCUGGACAAACUUAAAGUCAAAGGAUGGGAAGAAGAAGAAAUGGUUGUGAACUUUCUUGGGUUAGUCCAGACUCUGCUCAAAGAUCCCGAAGAGAGACGCAACUUUUUCCUGGAGGUCUUCCCGGCGGACUAUGGGUCUCAGUACGACAGCGAUCUGCAGACGCUGUUUUCAGAGUUUCUCUUUCGGCUGGCUCAGCUGUUGCCAGUUCCGGACCUCGAGCAGACUGUUUCCUGGCUUGGCUCUGGGUGCUCUGUGUUGGAGGACUGUGAGUGCACUGUCUCUGAGCCUACAGACCUGAAAACGUUGCUCCAGCACCACAAGCACCUUGGGCAUUUAGAGCAACAUGUCCCUCCUUCGAGCAUGGGCGAGAGUAUCCUCUCCGCCCUCUCUGCAGUGAUCCCCGGCAAAGUGGCCCCACCUGCAGAGCAGCCCAACCAAUCAGAUCCCCUGCCAGGCCUCUCUGAUGACACACACUCUGCAUCAUUCGUGGAAGACGUAGCAGUUGAAAUAAUCGCAGUGACAGAUUACGCAGAGGUUGAAUUAAGUGCAAGCAGCGGAAUAGAGGUGGUGAUGGGGGACAACUGCUUUGAGGGAACAGACAGUAACUUUGUGACUGAAGAUUCAUUGGUAGUUCUUCAAGAUGAGAUGAGCAGGGAAGAAGAAGAAAAAGCUGUGGGUGGUUUGACAACCGCUGCGCAUCCAGAAGUUCACAAGGAGGACUUGGUGGCUACACAACAUAAACUCUCAGUUGGGCCUCAUGACUGCCCGGACUGUGAGAAGAAAUUUAAGUUUGCCUCUUCACUGAUCGCCCACAGGGUCAUCCACACCGGUGAACGCCCGCACCGCUGCGGUGACUGUGGCCGCUGCUUCUCUUUCAGGCAGUCCCUCGACAGGCACAGACACACGCACAAAACAGCGCACAAGACGAGCGAGUGCGAUUGCCUCUUCUGCGGGGCGUCCUUCGAGUCCUCGUCGGCGCUCACACAGCACAAGCAAACGCACAUGGUGGACGGAGUGUACACAUGUCACCAGUGCGACAAGAGAUUUAACUGGGAGCUGGCACUCGCGAAGCACCUGAAAACUCACGCUGACGAUCACAACGCAAACAAGUCUGCUGAGAGCCAGGAGACGGGGCGAGAGGUUGUCGUGGGUGAUGACGACGUCGUCAGCAGCGGGGCUUCUGUUGAGGGGGACGUCCAGGUGCAGGAGGAGGAUCGUGGUUCUCGUGAUCAAGAGAACUCCGAGGUUCUGAGCAGUGAUCAUCCCCCGUAUGAGCGUGAAGACACGGUUCCUGAGCUUGGCAAUGAAACAACGACGUUGGCAAAGGUCCGCACGAGCGGGCGCAAACGCAAACCCACCAUGAAAAUCCAGGUUAUAAAUUUGCAGAAGAGCUUGACCUCCAAAAGAAGGAAGGAGAAAGCCAAGGAAAAGCCUCCAGAGCUGAGGCCCUUACCUUUCAACUGCAGCGAGGAGCACUCUUAUGGUUCAUCCAUGGUCUCAGCAAAGGACGGCGUUGAGUGUUGUGCAAGCGACGGCUCCCCAGCUGCGUUCUCCUGUCCUAAAUGCUCCUUCCAGCACUCAGAGGAAGCACAGGUCCAGCAGCACAUCGACAAGGUUCACUCUGCACAGGCUGAGGAUGACAAGGAGUCUGUUCAGCCCCUCACAGAUGAAGAGGGAGGCUUCAGCUGUCCAGAAUGUGGGAAGAGCUUCAAAUUCCAAUCUUUACUCACAGCUCACCAGCGGAUACACACGGGGGAGCAACCCUUCCUGUGUCCUCAGUGCGGACGGCGUUUUUCCUUCAAACAAUCACUGGAGCGGCACAAGUUGACGCACAAGUCUGAGCGAAAGUACGAGUGCCUGAUCUGCGGGGAGUUCUUCAAGUCCCUGCUGGCGCAGAGGGAGCACAAGAGCACCCACAUGGAGAAUGGUGAGUACCUGUGUUCAGAGUGCGGCCGAGCGUUUGCCUGGAAGUCGGCUCUUGUGAGGCACCUGAAGACCCACGACGAGGAGGUGGAGAAGGUGGAGCGUUCCUUCAAAUGCCCUCGCUGUGAGCUGAGCUUCAGCUGUGCUAGCCACCUCAACAGACACCUGCAGACGCACCAAGAGGAGCGAUUGCACACAUGCAACUGCGGGAAGAGCUUCGCCUACCGGGCAGCUCUCACCGCACAUCAACGUAUCCAUCAAAAGGAGCGGCCGCACACGUGUGCACAGUGCGGGAAGGGAUUCCUCUACAAAGGGGGGCUGCUGAACCACAUGAAGAUCCACUCAGAGGAAAUGCCCUUCAUGUGCUCUUUCUGUGGCAAGAGCUUCAAAAGGGAGCGGAAUAUGAAGAAGCACGAGCGCUGCCACACCAGGGAGAAUGUUUUCAGCUGCUCGCAGUGCGAUAAAAGUUUUGUCUACAAGGCGACUCUGAUCAGGCACGAGCUCACUCACUCCGGCGAGAGGCCGUUCCUCUGCUCCGACUGCGGGAAGGGCUUUUUUUCCCACGCCGAGCUUCUGAAGCACGAGCGCUUCCACACAGGUCACAAGCCCUUCCAGUGCCCCCAGUGUGGCAAGAGUUUCACCCAGUCCUGCUACCUGACCAUCCACCUGCGCUACCACACGGGAGUGCGGCCAUAUUCCUGCACCGAGUGCGACAAGAGCUUCCUCAGCGCCAACCGGCUAAAGAGACACCAGCGGACACAUUCAGGGGAAAAACCGUAUCUGUGUGUCGAAUGUGGUAAGGGAUUCAGGCAGUCCUAUAACCUGAAAAUGCAUCAACGAACACAUACCAUGAAGCUAACAUAGACUUGCAAGUGUUGAACAUUGAUCUGUGAAAUGUGACAGAUUAGUUUAAAAAUCAUUAUCAAUUGUAACUGGAUAAUGGAUUUUACUGCCUAUGCAAUGCUAUCAAAGAAAGUUGUUCUGCAAGAAUAAGUUCUUAAUUGAUUGCCACAUUGUAUUGUGAUUAAAGCACGUUGGGCAGG